AUGGUUUGGAUCCCCACUCCUGCAGGCUUGAGGCACAGCACACUAAAUACCAAGCCGUUCCUGGAGCAUGUCUACGUUGAAGCCAGCGACUUUCCCAUUGGCGUCGCCGGCGAGGGUAACAUCGUGAUGCUCCUCCUUCGUACUGAUAGAAUCCUCACAAGCCAACCAGACCCUCUGCGCGGCUUCAGCGAAUGCGCGCUCGAGGGCCACCAGGUCGACAACACGUUUGUGGAAUCCAUGAAGCAGGGCGUGCCGUUGCAAGAGAGUGUACACCGGACGGAGCUCACGCCUCAGACUCAUAAUUUAGCUCCCGAGUGCGGCCCAACAAGUCGCUUAGCGGACCGAGCCUUCGCCAGUCCGCUGUUUUGUGGGGAUCCCGAGCUGGACAACAACGGGAUGGCAUUUCCCACAGACAUUCGCUGA